UGUAGUAGUAGUACACUCCAUCCGCCACUAGAUAAAAAGUCAAGAGGGGAGCCUCUCUCCACCAUUGCUGAGCUCAAGAACUGGGCUUGCUUCAUUCCGGAAGCAGGAUCAUGAGCAGUUCGGACCACAGUCUGCUGCCCAGUCUCGAAGAAGUGGACGAGUGUGUGUUCCAGAUGGACUCCGAGCCACCAUCAGCACCACAAGCCAUCGCCAUGCAUCACCGAAGUCCAUACCACAUCUUGCAGAUGGACUCCGAGCCACCAUCAGCGCCACAAGCCAUCGCCAUGCAUCACCAAAGUCCAUACCACAUCUUGCAGGGUAUCGUUGAGCCUAGCACACAGGUGGAGAUUGAGCUACAUGAGAGGGCCAUGAAGCACGUGAGAGAGAUCGGGGAGGAGAGGACGAAGAGGAGCAGCUUGAAGAGGAGGCUGAUGAUGAGGCUCAGGAAAGACGGCUACCAUGCAUCCCUCUGCAGGUCUUCUUGGGUUGCCACCACUGAGCACCCGGGAGGCGAUUACGAGUACAUCGACGUCGUCGUGGCGGGCGAGCACGGCGCCGGCGCCGCCUCCAGCAGCUCCAGGCUCGUCGUGGACAUCGAUUUCAGGUCCCAGUUCCAGCUCGCCAGGCCGGCCGCAUGGUACGCGCAGCUCUGGGCCCGGCUGCCGGCGGUGUUCGUGGGCCCCCGCGCGAAGCUCCGGAAGGCGGUGUCCCUGCUCUGCGCGCAGGCGCAGCGGUCGCUGCGGGAGAGCGGCCUGCACGUCCCGCCGUGGCGGAGGUCUGGGUACAUGCAGGCCAAGUGGCUCCCCGGCGACGUGUCGACGCUGCACGGCGGGGCCCCGGAGGUGUGGUCGGUGGCGGUGUCGAUGGCGAGGGAGCCGCGCGGCGGGGCCCGGAGGCCAGGCGCGGGCGGCCUCUCGACGGCGCUGUCCGGCUCCGGCUCCGGCGGCCGGCGCUGAGAGGCAAGUCAACGGCUGCUAAGGCCAAGCUGAGGGCUCCAAAGUGGGCGUAGUGCUUUUUUUUUUUAAACGUCCGAAUCAGCCGCAGAAACUAGCUACAGCAUUUUGUACAUUGUUAGGUUAGCAGUGGUCGUAAGAACUGCUAGUAGCAGCAGCAUUUUGGGAUGAGCCACAGCCAUGUCAUGUGGUCUGUGUUUUUUUCGGUUGCGUUUUGCGAGUUGAUCAAGCCAGCCAUGCAGGCGGGCUUUGCUGCGGCGGGCCAGUUUCUGAGAGUAUGAGUGUUUGGUCCCAAAGUGUUAAAGUUUAAUAGAUCCUAUGACAUUUUUAUUUUA